AUGCCUGAGACAAGUCCUGUGUUUGAAGAUCAAAAGGAGGAUAGUGAAGAAGAUUCUGAUGACUUACAAAUUGCCAGUUUGCCUAGGCAUAGAGUAGCUGUUGGUAAAGAGCCAACUCCUAAGAGACCCACACCAAGGUUGCAAAAGAAGGAGGCUUUUGAGUAUGCUCAAAAGAACAAUCAAACUAAGUCAAAGAGAAGAAAAUUAGUGAAAGAUGGAAAAGUUGUAAAUGAGAAGAUAGUGUCUGUUGUGAAUGUGGAUGAAGAAGAAGCGGAGGAACCUAGAGAAAGGGUUUGCAAGACUGCUAAGAGAAAGGUUGAUACAGACGAGGAACCUGGUUCCUCAAAGAAGGCCAAAGUUGGUAAUCUGGGGAGUGCUAGGAAAGAGAUAUUGAGAAGUCAAAAGACACACUUGUUCGCAAGUGAUGCUACAAGGGUAUAUGAGAAGGAAGUUCAAAGUUUUUAUGCCGACUACAAGGUUGAGGAUGGUCACAUUUGUGCCUUGGUGAAUGGGGUUGAUAUGGAAAUAGACUCCUCCUUACGGGGAUCUAUUCUUGGUGUGCCUACUGAAGGGCUGUCUAAUGUUCAGGGAGCUUGUACUCAGAACUUCAGAAACACAAUCUUGAAGGACAGAGCAAUUCAGUGGGGUGAACGGGUUCAGAAGAAGGCCCUUCUUCCUUUUUAUCAACUGCUAUUUGAGAUGGUUAACAAAGUAUUGCUGCCUCGAGCUGGGCAAAGAUCCAUCACCUCUCGUGCAGACCUGUUCCUCAUGGAAGCACUGGACAACUUCACCACCAUCAAUCUACCUGUGAUCAUGAUAGAGCACAUGAAUAAAGUGGCAGACUUUAAAGAUGGGAAUCAUGGGCUGCUAUAUGGGUUUCUUCUUCCCAAAGACUUUGAGAACUUCAAGGUUCCUCUCAGACCAGUUAAAGUAUGCGCCAAGAAGCAAAAAAUUUCAAAAGGCACUCUUGAAGAAUGUGAGUGUAUAGAAAAAUUUGGAGAGGUUGCAAGCACUUCUACCAUAUCUCAUUUAAUAAAUGCUCAGAACAGUGCCACUAUUGAGAUAAGGAAAGUGAAAGCAAGGAAUGCUAUCCUUGAGACUCAGAUAAGUCAGCUGCAAGAGGCACCUAGCUCCAGUUGCUCUCAAAGCGAAGAGGUUGGUCGCCUGACAAAGGAGAAAGCUGAGCUCAGGAAACAAGUAGAGGAGGUGAAGGAAAGACUGCUCAAUGAGCAAAUGUCAGCAAAUGGUCGAAUGGAUUUUAUCCUCUAG